CUAAAUUUUAAUGCAAUUCGCUAUAUAAAAAUAAUGACUUGCAACCGUAAUAUGCACGAUGUCGUUAUGCCCAACUCGCUUCUCUCUCUCUCUCUCUCCUUCACUCUCUCUCUCACUCUCCCUAGACGCAGCAGCGGCUUGGAUUGGAUUCAGUACCUCCCCUAUGUGCUGCCUUACUCCAUCAUCACAUCCCUGAACGUGAGCGGUGUAGCUGAGGAGCACUUCUUUAAUACCCGACACUUCGCUGGAGUUGCUUCCCUGCGCGUCUGAGAGUCGGAGGGAGGGGAGAAGCAUUCCCCAAAAUUUCUUCUAACGAUGGAGACCGGUCUGGGUGUAUUCCCUGGCGCUCACUUUACUCUUUCUACCUGGCUUAUUCUUUCCUCCGUGUAUGUUUUUCCAAACGCAAAGGCAGAUAUAAGUUGCGCGCCAUGUAUGUCGCCAAUGCAAGUGAAUUACGCAGGGGAUGAGCAUCUGCGUGACCCGCCUGAUUCUGGGAAAUAUCCGAGACAGGAUCAAAAGAAACCCAAGCUGAUCACAGUUCUUUACCCUAAUAUUGGAGUACCCACUGGACGAGAGGCGGAUGGUUUUCCAAGGAUUGCGCCGAAACUGGAAAGAAACGCUGAGGGGAUAAACUCCCGUGCGCCUUUAGGGAACUUCACCGAGUCCGCUUUAGAUGAAGAAUUGUUUUCGGAUGAAUAUGUGGAAAGUGUAUCCGAAAUGGAACCCGAGACAUCAGAGAGAGUCAAAAGAAGCGUGCCUGAGUUUCUGGAGAGCGCGCGGAGCGUUGAUGCCCGCUCGGAGGAGCAGAGAAAGACCUCAGGUCUGCGGGUGGACGGACAGAGUAAACGCGCCGAAGUUCGCUGGAACAGGGAUGAUGAGCAUGAUGCCAGAGUAUCGGAUUCCAGACCAGACGAUCCCAAACUGGCCAGCAGCACUUUUGCUCUGGCUGGAGACUCCGCGCACAACCACGCAGUCGUGUACUGGUCUGGAAAAAACAGCAGUGUGAUUCUGAUUCUCACCAAGCUGUAUGACUUUCACCUUGGCAGUGUAACAGAAAGCACUCUAUGGAGAUCAACUGAUUAUGGCAGCACUUAUGAGAGACUGAAUGAUAAAGUGGGAGUCAAGACCGUUUUGAGUUACCUCUAUGUCUGCCCCACCAACAAAAGAAAGAUAAUGGUGUUGACCGACCCAGAGUUUGAAAGCAGUGUUCUCAUCAGCUCAGAUGAGGGUGCCAGUUAUCAGAAGUACCGCUUGAGCUUCUUCGUCUUAAGUCUGCUUUUCCAUCACACGCAAGAGGACUGGGCAUUAGCCUACAGCCAUGACCAGAAGCUGUAUAGCUCGUUUGACUUUGGCCGAAAGUGGCAGCUAGUUCAUGAGCGAGUGACUCCGAACCGCUUCUACUGGUCAGUGUCCAGUCUGGACAAGGAAUUAGAUCUAGUGCACAUGGAGGCCCACACUCCUGAUGGCCAUUGUCAGUAUGUGACAUGCAGAGCUCAAGGCUGCUCUGAAUCCAGUAGGACAUAUCCAUUUUCUGGCUAUAUUGAGACCAACUCACUCGUGGUUCAGGAUGAAUACGUGUUCGUUCAGGUAACGACCACUGGCAGAGCGAGCUACUAUGUGUCCUAUCAAAGAGAACCUUUUGUACGCAUUAAAAUCCCCAAAUACUCUCUGCCCAAGGACAUGCAUAUCGUGAGCACAGAUCAAGGUCAGGUUUUCACUGCCGUCCAGGAGUGGAACCAGAACGAUACCUACAACCUGUACAUAUCUGACACGCGUGGGGUGUACUUCACCUUGGCCCUGGAAAACGUCAGAACCAGCCGUGGCCUCGGAGGCAACAGCAUGAUCGACCUUUACGAGGUAGCAGGGAUUGAAGGUAUGCUCAUUGCUAAUAGGAAGGUGGAGAACCAGGUGAAGACAUACAUUACUUACAACAAGGGCCGCGACUGGAGGCUUUUGCAGGCACCUGCUACUGACUUGGCAGGAAAUCCGAUUCAUUGUGUGCUGCCGUUUUGCUCGCUGCACCUACAACUGCAGAUGUCAGAGAACCCGUACCUCUCAGGCUCCAUCUCCACCAAGAGCUCGGCGCCGGGAGUCAUCGUGGCUACAGGAAAUAUUGGCUCAGAACUGUCUUACAAUAAUGUGGCUAUGUUCAUUUCAUCAGAUGCAGGCAAUAACUGGAGACAGAUUUUUGAGGAAGAGCACAACGUGUGGUUUCUGGACAAAGGUGGAGCUUUGGUUGCCGUGAAGCAGCCCACUGUGCCCACUAGACAUCUUUGGAUCAGUUUCGAUGAAGGUCGUCAGUGGACUCGUCACAGUUUCUCGGCCAUGCCGCUGUUCGUGGAUGGUGUUUUGGUGGAGGGAGGUGCAGAAAAUCAGAUCAUGACGUUUUUUGGACACUUCAGCCAUCGGUCUGAAUGGCAGCUUAUCAAAAUUGACUACAAGUCCAUAUUUACCAGAAGGUGCACAGAGGGAGACUACCAAACUUGGCACCUGCAUAACCAGGGUGAGCCAUGCAUAAUGGGUCAAAAGCAGAUCUACAUGAAACGUCGUCCUGGAAACUACUGCAUGGUGGGAUGGGACAACUCCAGGAUCCUUUCCGCAGAACCCUGCAUCUGCAGAGCACAUGACUUUGAGUGUGAUUAUGGCUUUGAGAGAAGAGGGGAUGGAAACUGUCUGCCAGCAUUUUGGUUCAACCCUUCCACAGUGUCUCGAAGCUGCAGCCAAGGGCAAAACUACCUCAACAGCACAGGGUAUCGUAAAGUGGUAGCGAAUAACUGCACGAAAGGAGUGAAGGAGAUGUACACGGCCAGGAAACAGCAGUGUCCGAACCGCCCCCCACGAGGUUUAGUGCUGACAACCCGUGACGACAAACUCACAGCCAACUUGGGCAGCAAUGUGACCUUCCUGGUGCGGCUGGAGGAGGGCGACUCCAUGAGGACAAACAUUCAGCUGGACUUUGGGGACGGAACGGCGGUGUCCUACUCCAACCUGAGCUGGACGCAGGAGGGUAUCAGGCACGUGUACCGCAGUGCUGGUAUCUUCAGAGUCACAGCGCUGGCUGAGAACAGCCUCGGGUUCGACACCUCAUCCCUCUACCUGCAUGUGACGUGCCCUGUGGAGCAUAUUCAGCUGUUGGCUCCAUAUGUGGUCAUUAAGAAUAAGGAGGUGAACCUGACGGCAGUGGUCUGGCCUUCUCAUUUCAGAACGCUCACCUAUUUCUGGUGGCUGGGGAACAACACGGAGCCAAUAAUUACAUUGGACAGCAGUAUUUCCCACACGUUCAGCACCGAGGGCAUGAUCACCGUGACUGUUCAGGUCUCCUCAGCAGACUCGAUACUACAGGACACCAGAACCAUUGCCAUACAAGAAUUCUUCAAAUCACUUCUUUUAUCUUUCUCUCCUAAUCUGGAUGAGGCCAACCCCGACAUCCCAGAGUGGAGACAGGAUGUGGGUCGGGUAAUUAAGAAGGCUGUUCUCCAGGUCGCUGACAUUCCAGAAGACCAGCUGCUGGUGGCCGUGUUUCCUGGCAUUCCGACUGCUGCGGAACUCUUCCUGCUUCCUCCACGGAACCAAUCGGAUGGCAGGAAACGGACAGAGGAGGAUCUGGAGCAGAUAUCAGAAAUCCUGGUCAAUGCAUUGAAUCAGAUCUCGGUGGAGUUCGAGUUGAAAUCUGGCUCCCGGGUCAUCGUUUACAUCACGCAAUUAACUUUAGCUCCUCUGGUUGACUCCAUCCCAAGACACAGCAGUUCUGCUAUGCUGAUGCUUCUGUCGGUGGUGUUUUUGGGUUUAGCUGUAUUUCUCAUCUACAAAUUUAAGAGAAAAAUCCCCUGGAUUAACAUCUACGCUGAGGUGAACCAUGAGAAAGAGCAGGAGAUGAUCAAUACGGUGGGCCAGAAUGACGCCACACCCAAAAUCACCCUGAGUGAGUUGAUGGAGAAAGAGCUGGAGGCCCGUGCCAAACUAGGCGGAGUGAUCAACACCUGUGAAAGCACAAGGGAGAUCCCCAACUGCACGAGUGUCUGAAAACGUCAGGAAAAAAAAGGUGGAGGCGUAUUGUAAAAAUGUGUACAGAGGAAUCACAAUUUUAAAGGUUGACAGUUUUCCUUCUUUGCUUUUUUGUAAUUUCAAAACACUGUCAUUGUUAAUAGUUUUCUAAGGAGCUCAGAUUUGCAUGGGUGUCUUGUUUGUUACGAUCUGUGUGGAAAAUAAGAACUGAAAACAUGCUUAGGAAAAUUGACCAACUUUUAAAAAAUUCCAAACGGUCCGUUCUGAAUAUUGCAGAACAAUGCACAUAAGUUGGGGGGAAAGCCACUAAACCUCUCUCGGUGCAUUUCCUUUGUGCAUUAUCUGAGUCCGUUUUUCAGAUAGACAUAAAUUGUGGGGGGGAAAAAAUGGCUUUUAGUUUCAAAAAUUGUGAUUUUGUUGGGUCAGACCUUAUGCCAAGUUUGUUCUGAUUUUCACACGUUAUGAAGAGUGCUUGUAGUGACUAUAUUAACUUAAUUUUUACGUUUUUAAUCUCUUCAGUUGGUCAUCUCAUUUUUAUAUUUGUUAUAACUUAAACUGAGGGAGCAAAAUUGCAGCUGAGGCAUGCAAAAAAAGCCAACAGUGUUUAUAUCCCUCUCUAUAUUACAGCCUUGCCUUCAUGUAAGCAAUCCUGCUUUGCAAUCUUCUAAAUUGUUGGUUGUUGAAACAUUUCAACUUUUAAUUACACAUUUAUCUCGCAUAUCUAGCCUUCGUCUGAAGGCAGAGAGAUAUGAGCUAAAAUGUGAAUUUUUUCAGUCAAGAAGUGAGAUACCUUCCCAAAAGCACUGUGAUAAAAUGUCAAUUUGAAGGCAAGCUUUUUGUACUUCUAUAAAGUGAGAAUACUAUUAAAAACCAUUUCUCUAUAGCUAAGCUUUUUUGGGUGCUGAGCUCAAACUUAAAAGUCCAUGAAAUAUCAAUUGUUGAGAAUGUUUUGUGGAAUAAAAUCUCUUGAUAUUCAAACAUAGACACAAUAGAGCUUGAUACAGUAUAUUUGUUGAAAAUGUUAUAAAACUUAACUUUAAAUUAACAUACCUUCAGCUAAAUAAGUUCCUGUAAGCUCCUCAUAUAUAUAUAUAUAAUGUACUGUCCAUGUGCAUUCCAUGAGAUUAUUUUACAUUCAUCUUGUUCUUUGGGCUUUAUUUUUUGUAGAUAAAUUGGGUUACAUGAUCAUUUUGCUUCAUAAGUGAAUGCCUUACAAAUAAGAAUGCCUUUUUAAUAAUGUGUAUUCAUCAUAAUAGCUGGACAUUUACAAUUGGAAAUUAAUUUAUAACAGUUUAACAAACUGACAUGAUUGAGUUUUGCAUUUUUCUUUUUUUUUUUUUUCUUUUUUUUUGCAUACAUUUUUAAGGUGUCUCAUCUCCCAGGGUUUGAAAAACCACUGAACUGUACAAUAGGUCUCAAGUUUUAAUUUCUCUGUAUAUACAGCAAGUGUAUUUUCAUUUCAUAUGCUUAUACUGUAAAUAUAAUAGAAAUGAAGACUGGACUUCACUGGACACAGUCUGCUAUACAUUUCAGAAAGAGGGUGUUUUAUGAAUUGAAACAGUGAUUUAUUGAUGUGCUGUAAAUAAGCCAGCACUGUAAAUAGUGUUGUUUUUUUUGUUUUUUUGUUUUUUUAAUUCAUGCAUUGUACAUGAAAAAAAUAGUAAAGAUGUAUUGCAUAUGCUUCGGUGUUGCCAUUUUGGAUUUUGACCUCAGAUUUAAAGUUGAUCCUAUAGAGAGCAGUUUUCAGUAUAUGGUUAGACAUUUUGUAUUGGAGUUGAUUGCCCAUUUCACACAAAAUGAAUAUAAUUCAUGAAUAAGCAGGUGGUUUCUUAGAUUCCAUUGUGAAUGUAAAUGUAUAGCAAUAUAUCAGAAUAUAAGGGAUGUUGGCCAAAAUGACUUCCCGAGCAAUUCAUUCCUGUUCUACUCAAGUAGUGACAUAUUACAAACCAAAACAUUGUGCUUCAUGCUUUCCAUGUAUAAUCUAUGCUUUAUGAGUGCAAAACUCUAUUCAAAGAGUUUUUUUUUUGUUAGAGUUCUUAAACAGAACAAUCAGAUGUAAUUUAUUCUUAAAAAUGAACAAGUAAAUUAUUAUGUACUAAAAAUCAAAAUGGUUAGAUGCCUCAGUAUUUCUCUUUAACUAGUGCUGAAUUAGUGACAAAAUCAUUUGCCCUUUUUUUUAUAAUAAUUUUAAUUAAUGCAUGCUCUGUUCAUUAAUGUUCUGUUUUAAAGCUUAGUGAGCUGCCUUGCUGUCUUCAAAGGUAGCAUCCUAAUUUAAACAAAACCUCUGUUUUGAAACUAGGCAGCAGUAGUGUGUGUCAUAAAAUAGUGCUCCUCACAUGAAGAGACUUGAGUCAUAAUUGAUUUCAAUGGAGUUUGCUGUUAGCAUGUUGCUAAGAUAAGAGUGUGAUACUCUGAUAAUAUAGUUAAAAUAUAUAGCACAACAAAUAUCGAGUAAGCUAAGACUAAGAGUUGAAUUGUUUAUAUGUAUAAUCAAUAUUUUGCCAUCAGGCAUUCUUUCUUAAUCCAUUAUGGGAUUGCCUUCUCCAUGAUGGAUGCAGUGAUGCCUCAGAAUUUGUCCCAAAAAAGGGUGUUUUAGGAUUACACCUUUUAGUCUUUGCGUUGGGAGCACUAUGAUGCCUUAAAAUGCUACCUACCUAGGCAGCUGACUAGGUUUUUUUGGAACAAAUCUCAUAUUAUUCUGUGUAUUUUGAUCAUCUCAGACUCAAAGUUUACUGAUAUGCCAGCCAGACUAACCACAACCUCAACAUGUACCACAGUAUGAUCUGAUUUCAAUCCAGUAUGACCUCAUGUUUCGAAUAUAGAACUUCUAGAAGAACCUGAUACACAAACUUCUGUUUCAUCACAAUAUCUGAGGUAUCUCACAGAAGUGAAUUAAAAAAUAUAAGUUUUAAACAUA